AUGAUGAAUCAUACAAAUGAUUUUCUUUCAUCUUCAAACUAUGAAAUAAAUGACUCUGCAAAAUGUCAUCCAAAUACAAACGAUAAUACUAUAAUAACAAUAAAUAAAAGAUUAAAAUCAAAAAAUAUUACAUCAAUAACUAUUAAUGAGACACGAUCAACGAAAAGAUUUAAUAAAAAAUCAAAAAUAAAUGAUAUAAAAAAGAAACGUCUUAUACAUAGUAUUUCCAAUAAUAAUAAUAAUUCAACAAAAAAACUAAAAUCAUAUUCACAUUAUAUUACAUCAAAUAAAAACGAAACUCAUAUUCAUCAUCAUCAUAUGAUUAAUAAUAAUUAUUGUAAUUCAUGUGGUGAAUGUUUUGGUGAAAUGAUAUCAUGUAAUAUAUGUUUAACAACAUUUCAUAUUUUUUGUAUUAAUCCACCAUUAUCAAAAGAAGAUAUUUCAAAAAAUUCUUAUUUUUGUGAAAAUUGUCAAACUAUAAAAAAAACACAACAAGAUUUAAUAAAUCAAAAUAAACACCAAAAAAUUAUUCGACCAUUUUCAUUUAAUCCAAAAAAAUUUUUACAUAGUAAUACUUCGAAAAAAACUCAACAAUAUCAUUCAAAAUUAGAACAAUUAAAGUUACCAACAGCAUCUAAUGGUCAAUCUUUAAUACAACCAUCAGGCGAAAUUAAAUUUCGUGCAACAACUAAUAAUAAUAAUAAUAAAUCUUUAUUAUUAUCUUCAUCGAAUCUCAAACGAAAACGUAUUGAUUCAUCAUCAAUAAAAAUUCCUAAUACUCAUUUAGAAAUUUUACAUUGUUUAUUUCUUUCAUGUCAAACAGAAGAAUUUCAUGGUCCAAUUUAUAAUUAUAAUCAAAAAAUUUCUUUAACAUUAGAAAAAUAUUGUUUUAUAUGUCGAAAAUCUUCAUUAAAACAAGGACCAUCAAUACAUUGUGAUUAUUGUUCAUUAACAUAUCAUUUAGAUUGUUUAACACCACCAAUGAUAUCAUUACCAUUAGUAAAUGAAAAAUGGAUGUGUCCAAAUCAUAUCGAACCUAUAUUAGAUCGUAAUUUAAUAAAGAACAAAAUAUUCUCUACAAAUGAACGUGUAAAAAUUUAUCAUCAAUAUUCACAAAUUGAACAAAAUAUUAUUCUACAAGAAUUUACACAUAUAAAACAAAUAAAAAAUAAUUUAUUAUCAAAUACAAUAAAUAAUUAUCAAUUAGAACAUAUUAAUAUAAGUCAAAUACCUAAAACUAUUGAAGAUUUUUAUUUUAAAGCAAAUUUAAAAGAAAAAAAUAUUUAUGAAAUUAAAAUUAAUAAUUUAAAAGAAGAAAAAAUUGUACAGACUAGUCCCAUUUUCAAUCAAACUUCAUUUGCAUAUGAUCCAUGUAUAUGGGAUAUAUUACAAGCAAUACUUAAUCAUAUUGUUAAUAAUCAUAUUUAUGAAUUUUCAUCUAUAAACUAUUCAUUCAUUAAGAAUGAUUAUCUAACGAAACCUUCAUCAGAAAAUGAAUGUAAUACUUUUAAUACAAUUGAUACAUUAUUACAAGCAUUAAAUGAACCUAAUUCUACAUUAGAACAAUGUACAAAAAAUAAAAUAAAUGAUUGCAAUGUGCUUACUACUACUGAUGAAGAUUCAUUUGAACAAAAACAAAUAUCAACAUCAUUAACAAAUAUAUUUUCACAUUUAAUUGAUCUUUCACAAUUUCGUUUAUCUCAUGCUGCUCUUAUUCAUUUACAUUCACAAAAUAUUAUUUAUAUUCGAAAAUAUGUUAUUUGGUUUGGUUCAUCUUUAUUAAAUGAUAUAUGUUUAAAAAAUUUUAAUCAUUCUCAUACAUGUCAAUAUAUUUCUGAACGACAUGCUUGUUUAUAUUAUGAUAGAAAAAAUAAUAUAUUUGAAUUAUUAAAUUAUAGUGAAUAUGGAACAAUUGUUAAUGAUCUACGUUAUGGUUUAAAUAUCAUAACUGAUAAUGAUAAUAAUAAUAAUAAUAAACAAGAGAAUGAAAAAUGUUAUUAUUUAACUAAAUCAUAUUCUCAUUCAUCUUGGGAUGGACCUGCUCAAAUUGAACAAGGAACAGUAAUUAAAAUUGGUUGUCAUGAAUUUCUUUUUUACCGGCAUAUUGUCCGAUAG